AUGGCACAGACUGCCACCGUGACCCUCGCGACUCUUGAUCCCGUCCACACCACCACCCACCUCCCAGAAACACAACCAGAGCCGACAAUUCAUGAUGCCGUUUCUGCAAUUCCUCCUUCAACAGCCGCCUCCGUCGCCCAGAGAUGGAACGGCUCCAGAGAAAACACCUUCCGAACUCUAUCCUGCUACUUCGCUUUCACAAUCUACGGCAUGAACGACGGAACCCCAGGCGCAAUGGUCCCCCAUUUGGAAAACUACUACUCCCUCCCCUACUCCAUCGUAUCCCUCAUAUUCCUCGGCCCCAUGCUAGGCUGCGUCACCGCAGCAUUCACCUCAAACAGGCUCCACCAAAAAUUCGGCCGUCGCGGCGUAGCAGCCUUUGCCACAGGUUCAUACGCAAUCUCAUACGUGGGCAUGUGUGCGCAUCCACCGUUUGGCCUCGUGGUACCGCUGCUGGUCCUCACGGGAUCUCAUGGUAAAGACCACAACUCAAACAUAAUCAGCAAUGGCCUAAUCAUCUCAAAGCUCGGUCUAGCUAUUGCCGCCGCCGCAACUACAGUGUGGUCUUUCUGGGCUGAUUGCGGAACGAGCCGCAACACGUCACCAUCAGGCCAAGCCCACAGCUUCACAUUCUCCGUAUUCAAAGACAAGGUAACCCUCCUAUUCUCCAGCUUCAUGCUACUCUACGUAGGCGCCGAAGUAACAAUCGGCGGCUGGUUGGUAACCUUCAUGCUCAACGUCCGCAACGGCACGCCCUCUGCCUCGUCUCUCGUCGCCUCUGGCUUCUGGAUCGGCAUCACUGUUGGCCGGUUCGCACUGGGCUGGAUCACGAGCUACUUUGGGGAAAAGAUUAUGGUCUCAGCGUAUCUCGUUAUCGCGAUUGGCCUUGAACUAGCAUUUUGGCUUGGUAAGGAGUUUGUGGUGAGUGCUAUUAUGGCGGCGCUGGUGGGAUUAUCUAUCGGUAUGGUGAUGCCAGCGAGCAUCAGGGUGAUGACCAAGAUCCUUCCGGUCGAAAAGCAUAUUGUCUCUGUUGGCUUUGGCACAGCUUUUGCCGUAUCUGGGGCAAGCAUAUUCCCAUUCGUGGUUGGAGCGCUCGCUCAAGCCGGCGGAGUCCAAGUCCUCCAGCCCGUCAUCCUGGCACUAUUCGCAGUCCAGCUCCUACUCUGGCUUUUCGUCACAAGGAUGAAACUCGACAGGGACGAGGACUCUUCUGCGUAG